AUGUUCUCCUCCAAAUUCCUUAGUGGGGCCAACCCCCUCAAUGCUGUGUCUUCUGCUGUGAAUAAGUUUGGCUUAUUUGGAGAUGAUGGAGAAGGGGAUACAAAGAAGGCACCUUCCCAGCAGGGGCCAAAGCCACCUGGAGAACAGCAGCCAGGAGCAGGUCCAUGUAAAGGCCCUCAACAGCAGCAGGGACCCCCCAAAUCUAGCCAGGCCCCCCCUAUGCAAAAAGGUCAGCCUACCCCUAAACAAGGAUCACCACAGCUGCAUGGGAAUGGACAGGCUGGACCCCCAAACAAGCCCAGUGGGCAACAAACUGCUCCGAAGGCAGGGGCACAGCCUGAAGGCCAGCUUAAAGGAGAGCCACAAAGAAAUCAACCUAAGGGCCCACCACAGCAAGGAUCACCUAAGCCUGGAGCUCAACAACAGAAUGUGACUAAGGGUGGAGCUCAGCCAGGAUCUCCAAAGACAUCAUCACAACAACAGGUUCCACCGAAGACAGGGAUUCAACAACAAGGGCCUGCUAAGACUGGUGCACAGCAACAGCAACCUGCAAAGACUGCGGCGCAAGAGGCCACAAAGGUUGCGGCGCAAAAACCUGGCUCACAGCAAGGGUCUCCUAAAGUAGGACAGCAACAGCAGGGAUCACCAAGAAUUGGACAACAACAGCAACAGGGUUCCCCUAAAGUUGGACAGCAACAACAGGGCUCACCUAAGGUGGGACAACAACAGCAAGGCUUCAGGACUACACCCCAGCAGCAGUCAUCUGUUAAACCUCAACAACAAGGGCCUAAGGGACCGGAUACACCUGGCCAGUCCCGGGUUGGGUCUUCAUCACCGGGACCAACCAAAUCUCAGUCGAAAGCAGUAGCUAAGUCCCUUUGCCCCGUGUGUAACACAACAGAACUUAAUAUGCACACCAAGGAACCACCUAACCAUAAGACCUGUACACAGUGUAAGACCGAAGUGUGCAGCUUGUGUGGCUUCAGUCCUCCAGACUCUGAGGGCCGUGAGUGGCUUUGUCUUACCUGCCAGAUACAGAGAGCUCAAGGAGCUUCUGAACCAUCGGGACCCUCUAUGAAAAAGCCCAUUCCCAACAAAGCUGUUCAAAACCAGGCACCACCUCCUGCUGCGCCUGUUAAAAAAGAGAUGUCAGCACCAGGUUCACCUCAGAAAAUGCCGUCUACAUCGGCAAAAAUGCCAGCCAAGGGUGAAGCUGCUAAAGGACAAGAAAGUCAAAAACAAGGCAGCCCAGCUCAUGUUCAGAAAAUGACACCUGAGACCCAGAGAACAUCAGCAUCUCAAAAACCAGACCAGACUAGUCAAACUGGACGCAAGCAAAGCAGUGCCCAGCAGGAGUCAGGAGGUUUAUUUGGCUUUGGGAGUGCUAAAACUGAACCUGCAAAGCCUGAAGAGUCAGUGACUGGGAAAAUGUUUGGUUUUGGUUCCUCCAUUUUCAGUUCUGCAUCUACUUUGAUCACCUCAGCUGGUCAUGAGUCUAAAACCACACCACCAGUUUCUCCAAAAAUGCAGUCUACAAAGGAGACCAAACAGGCUUCUGCCCAAAAGUCAGUGCAAGACAAGAAACAAGAGCAACCCCAGCAAGCAAAGGUUGAUCCAGCAGGACAGGUCAAGGUGGACAAAGCUCCAUCAGGGAGUCCAAAGGCCACAGGAGCCCCCCACAAUGUUCCUAAAGGAGGUCAAUCAACUUGUCCAAUCUGUAAAGUAGGGCUGAAUAUGGGCUCGAAGGAUCCUCCCAACUACAAUAACUGCACUGAAUGCAAAAGCAUUGUCUGCAACCAAUGUGGAUUUAACCCCAUGCCAAAUGUCAAUGAGGGAAAGGAGUGGCUCUGUCUAAACUGCCAGGUGAAACGGGCUGCCAGUGGAAUUGAACCUCAGAAAAAAACACAGCCUGCACCACAAAAGACUUCUGCACCAGGCUCGCCUCAGAGGAAAGUAUCUACACCUGCAGCACAACCAGCAAAGGCUGACGCUGCUAAAGGACCAGCCAGUUCUAAACAGGCCAGCCCAGCUCCUGGUCAGAAAAUGCCACAGGAGAGUCGAAACACAGGUCCUCAGAAACAACCGGACCAGACAAGCCAAACUGCACAAAAGCAGGGAAAUGCUACUGCAGCUACACAGCAAGAGUCUGGAGGGUUCUUUGGUUUUGGUGGCCCAAAAACUCAGCCUGAUGCUGCAAAGCCUGCGGUGACUGGGAAGAUGUUUGGUUUUGGUUCUUCCAUCUUCAAUUCUGCAUCCAAUUUGAUAACCUCAGCUGAGCCCAAAACUACACCACCACUUUCUCCCAAAAUGCCUGCUGCAAAUGACUCCAAAUCCACCACUGCCAAGAAACCAGAACAGGAGAAGAAACCAGAACAACCCCAGCAGGCCAAGGUUGCUCCAUCAGUACAGCCGGAAGCAGACAAACCUUCAUCAGGGCCGCUAAAGAAAGCAUCAGCAGCCCCUGUUUCCAGAGCAGGCCACUCUACCUGUCCUCUCUGUAAAGUGGAACUCAAUGUGGGCUCUAAAGAUCCUCCCAACUACAACACCUGUACAGAAUGCAAAAACACUGUCUGUAAUCAAUGUGGAUUUAAUACCAUGCCAAAUGUUAAAGAGGUGAAGGAGUGGUUGUGUCUCAACUGCCAGAUGCAGAGAGCACUAGGAGCAUCUGAGCCUCCAGGAACUCCCAUGAUGAAACUACAGGCCUCACCAAAUAAAGUCCCUGCACCCGCCAAUGCUAUAAAUAAAGAAGCUCCUCCACUAGAUAAAGCUCAAAAGAAAGACACUCAAACACCUACUGAAUCUAAAAUAAAGGAGACCUCUGCACCAGGCUCACCUCAAAGGAAACCACCAACAUCAGCAGAGCAGCCAGCUAAGGCUGAAGUCGUGAAAGGACCCGAAAAUCAGAAGCAGGUCAGCCCAGCUCCUGGUCAGAAAACUCCACAGGAGGGCCGGAAGACAGGUCCGCAGAAACCACCAGACCAGACAAGUCAAACUGGACGUAAGCAGAGUAACACUACCUCAGCUACACAAGAGGAGUCUGGGGGUUUCUUUGGAUUUGGUGGCCCUAAACCUCAAGCCGAUGCUGCUAAGCCUGCUGAAUCACUGGGCGGUAAAAUGUUUGGUUUUGGUUCUUCCAUCUUCAAUUCUGCAUCCACUUUGAUAAACACAGCUGAUUCCAAAACAACACCACCUGUUUCUCCCAAGAUGCCUGCUGCAAAGGCAAACCAGUCACCUCUUGCUCAGAAAAAAGUACAAGAGCCCAAGACCUCUCCAUCGCCACAAGCCAAAGUAGAAAAAGCUCCAUCAGAGCCUCCAAAGGUUGCAGCUGCCUCCACAGCAGUUCCCAAGGCGGGCCAAUCCAGCUGUCCACUCUGUAAGGUGGAACUCAACUUUGGCUCCAAGGAUCCUCCUAACUACAACAAAUGCACUGAAUGCAAGAACACUGUCUGUAACCAAUGUGGAUUUAACCCCAUGCCAAAUGAAACAGCGGUAAAAGAAUGGUUAUGUCUAAACUGUCAGAUGCAGAGAGCUCUGAGUGCAUCUGAACAAACAGGACCUCCUAUGAAACCUCAAAAGAAGGAGUUAUCGAAAUCUGAUGCACUUUCAAAGAUGGAGACUCCAGUGCCUGAUAUACUUCAAAAGAAGGGGAGUUCCACACCAGGUUCUCCUCAGAAGACACAGGCUGCAGCAGUAAAACAGGCAACUAAGGUUGCUAAAGGACCAGAACCUGAUACACCGGCUAGCCCGACUCCUGUUCAGAAAACUCCUCAACAGGGGGCUCCAGGUUUUCAGAAACCGACUGACCAGGCAAGUCAACCGGGACUAAAACAGGGAAAGGUCACCCCAGAUACAAAGCAGGAGUCAGAAAAGGGGCCUAAAACGGGGCCUGAUGCUUCAAAAACAACAGAGUCUGUGACUGGGAAGAUGUUCGGCUUUGGUUCCUCCAUUUUCAGCUCUGCCUCCACUUUGAUAUCAUCUGCUGUUCAGGAAGAAUCACGUACUACACCACCAGGCUCUCGAAAGAUGUCUGCACCAGCACAAGUCUCUCCCAAGAUGUCUGCACCGGCACAAGUCUCUCCCAAGAUGUCUGCUGUGCCCAAGAUUUCUCCAAAAAGUACUCCGACAGUUUCUCCCAAAAUGUCACCAGCAAGAGAGCCCAAAAUUCAGAAACCAGAGCAGGAGAAGAAACCAGAAGAAUACCACCAGGGCAAAGUGGAAAAAGCUCCAUUACAGCCAGCAAAGGCAGCAACAAAGCCCCAAACAUCUCCUAAUGCAAGCCAGGGCACCUGUCCACUGUGUAAGGUCGAGCUUAAUAUUGGCUCCAAGGACCCUCCAAACUACAACUCGUGCACUGAGUGCAAGACCACUGUCUGUACCCAAUGUGGAUUUAACACAAUGCCUGUAGGAGAGGUAAAAGAGUGGCUGUGUCUUAACUGUCAGAUGAAAAGAGCUGUUGGAGCAUCUGAGCCCCCAGGACCUCCCACACUCAAGUCCCAAACAUCACCCAGUAAAGUUCCUUCACCAGCUGCAGUCCAAUUAAAGGAUGAUUCGAAACCAACUACACCUCAAAAGAAGGACAGUCCAGGCCCUGCUCUACAAAAGAAGGAGGGCACAGAACCAAUCUCACCACAGAGAAAACAGUCUACACCAUCAGUGCAGGCAAACAAACCUGAACCUGCUGCUGCACCAGUGAAACAGGGCAGCCCUGCACCUGAUCAGAAAACACCACAGGAAAGACAGAAGACAGGCCCAGUAAAGCCACCAGAUCAAGCAGGUCAACAGGGAGGUAAACAACCUGAUGCUCCAAAGCCUGCAGAGUCAGUGACAAAUAGGCAAGCUGAACGUAAGCUGAGUAAUGCUGCAGCAGCGACACAGCAACAGUCAGGAGGCUUCUUUGGUUUUGGUGGUGGUAGAGCUCAACCUGAUGCUGCAAAGCCAGCAGAGUCAGCAACUGGGAAAAUGUUUGGCUUCGGCUCUUCUAUCUUUAGUUCUGCAUCUACUUUGAUAACCUCAGCUGUUCAGGACCAACCCAAGACCACUCCACCAGUUUCACCCAAGAUGUCUCCUGCAAAGUCCCCCAGUGCUCAAAGGCUGGAGCAGCAGAAGAAAACAGAGCCACUGGUUUCUCCCAAGAUGUCUCCUGCAAAGUCCCCCAGUGCUCAAAGGCUGGAGAUGCAAAAGAAAACAGAGCCACCCCAGCAGACAAAGACACCUCCACCAGGUCAGGCUAAAUCGGACAAAGCUCCAUCAGAGCCUCCAAAGACUGUAACAGCUUCCCAGGUAGCUGUCAAAGCAGGCCAGUCUACCUGUCCACUCUGUAAGGUGCAACUCAACAUGGGUUCCAAGGAUCCACCAAACUACAAUACCUGCACUGAAUGCAAGAACACAGUGUGUAACCAGUGUGGAUUUAACCCUGUGCAAAUUGAAACAGCGGUGAAGGAGUGGCUGUGUCUCACCUGCCAGAUGCAUCGGGCUCUUGGAGCACCAGAGCCCCAAGGAGUUGCUUCUGUCAACCCCCAGGUACCUGCAAAGACCCAAAAGAAAGACAGCAUCAGCCCAGCUGAACCUGAAAAGAAAGAGUCACCUCAGAGGAAACCGUCUGUAGCAGGACAGCAAACUACAGCUGAGGCUGCUAACAAGCCAGAGGGUCAGAAACAGCCAAGCCCAGUUCCUUCUCAGAAGAAGCCACAUGAGCCCCAGAAAACACCAGGUCCUGAUAAAUCACCAGUCCAGACAAGGCAAGCUGAACGUAAGCUGAGUAAUGCUGCAGCAGCUACACAGCAACAGUCAGGAGGCUUCUUUGGUUUUGGUGGUGGUAAAGCUCAACCUGAUGCUGCAAAGCCAGCAGAGUCAGCAACUGGGAAGAUGUUUGGCUUCGGCUCUUCUAUCUUUAGUUCUGCAUCUACUUUGAUAACCUCAGCUGUUCAGGACCAACCCAAGACCACUCCACCAGUUUCACCCAAGAUGUCUCCUGCAAAGUCCCCCAGUGCUCAAAGGCUGGAGCAGCAGAAGAAAACAGAGCCACCGGUUUCUCCCAAGAUGUCUCCUGCAAAGUCCCCCAGUGCUCAAAGGCUGGAGCAGCAGAAGAAAACAGAGCCACCGGUUUCUCCCAAGAUGUCUCCUGCAAAGUCCCCCAGUGCUCAAAGGCUGGAGCAGCAGAAGAAAACAGAGCCACCCCAGCAGACCAAGACACCUCCACCAGGGCAGGCCAAAUUGGACAAAGCUCCAUCAGAGCCUCCAAAGACUGUAGCAGCUUCCCAAGUAAUUGUCAAAGCAGGCCAGUCUACCUGUCCACUCUGUAAGGUGCAACUCAACAUGGGUUCCAAGGAUCCACCCAACUACAAUACCUGCACUGAAUGCAAGAACACUGUCUGUAACCAAUGUGGAUUUAACCCCAUGCCAAAUGAAACAGCGGUGAAGGAGUGGCUGUGUCUCACCUGCCAGAUGCAUCGGGCUCUUGGUGCACAGGAGCCCGAAGGAGUUGCUUCUGUCAACCCUCAGGUACCUGCAAAGACCCAAAAGAAAGACAGCAUCAGCCCAGCUGAACCUGAAAAGAAAGAGUCACCUCAGAGGAAACCGUCUGCAGCAGGACAGCCAACUACAGCUGAGGCUGCUAACAAGUCAGAGGGUCAGAAACAGCCAAGCCCAGUUCCUUCUCAGAAGAAGCCACAUGAGCCCCAGAAAAUACCAGGUCCUGAUAAAUCACCAGUCCAGACAAGGCAAGCUGAACGUAAGCUGAGUAAUGCUGCAGCAGCGACACAGCAACAGUCAGGAGGCUUCUUUGGUUUUGGUGGUGGUAAAGCUCAACCUGAUGCUGCAAAGCCAGCAGAGUCAGCAACUGGGAAAAUGUUUGGCUUCGGCUCUUCUAUCUUUAGUUCUGCAUCUACUUUGAUAACCUCAGCUGUUCAGGACCAACCCAAGACCACUCCACCAGUUUCACCCAAGAUGUCUCCUGCAAAGUCCCCCAGUGCUCAAAGGCUGGAGCAGCAGAAGAAAACAGAGCCACCAGUUUCUCCCAAGAUGUCCCUGGCAAAAGAGUUCAAAUCCCCUGCUGCCCAGAAGAAAGAACAACAGCCAAAACCAGAACAACCCCAGCCGACUAAGACACCUCCUCCGGCACAGGCCAAAGUGGAUAAAGUUCCAUCAGAGCCUUCAAAAGCUGCAGCAGCCUCCCCAGCUACUGUCAAACCAGGGCAGUCUACCUGUCCACUCUGUAAGGUGGAACUCAACAUGGGGUCCAAGGAUCCACCCAACUACAAUACCUGCACCGAAUGCAAGAACACUGUCUGUCACCAAUGUGGAUUUAACCCCAUGCCAAAUGAAACAGCGAUAAAGGAGUGGCUGUGUCUGACUUGUCAAAUGCAAAGAGCUCUGAAAGCAGCUGACUCUAUGGAGCCUCCACCGAUGAAACCCCAGGCAUUACCUAACAAAGUGCCCACACCUGCUGCUGCUGGGAAAGAUGCUACUGCCAUUCAAAAGAAAGACAUAAUUUCCACACAAAAAUCUGAAUUGCCCGACAAAAAUCAAGACAGUCCAAAACCAAGUGUACCACAAAAGAAAGAAGAACCCCCCCAGAAGAUCCUAACAGCCCCAACAAAAGAGGAGAAAACUGCUUCACUGCCUACCAAGGAGGUUCCAACCUCCACUGCACCUCCCAUCAAAGAGACAGCUGUGGUUUCAGACCUCAAAAAAUCAUUGCCUGAUCAAGCUCCUCCUGUCACCACAGAUAUCGAAACUUCUCUUCAGAAAAGGGAAAUUACUCUACCAAGUGCACCUAAAGAAGUACCAGAAAAGAAAGAGGAGAAGGCUGAAAUAGCUCAGAAAUUAGUAGAUCAACCAGUCACAUCUUCUGAUAAAGUACAGCUCCCAAAAGCUCUAAACAAAGAAGCAAACUCUGUUGAACCAUCGCCUGACAAAUCUGCUCCUCCAACAGAACAGCCAAAAAAUCAAGACUCAGGAGGUUUCUUCAGCUUCAGUCCUAAAUCUCAGCGUGCUGCCUCAAAAACAACUGAAGCUGUGACUGGGAAGAUGAUGGGAUUUGGUUCAUCCCUCUUCAGCUCAGCAUCCACACUGAUAACAUCAGCAGUUAAGGAGGAGUCCCGCACAACACCACCAAGUUCCCGCAAAAUGUCUGCACCAGCGCAAGUCUCUCGCAGGAUGUCAGUAUCACCGGUUUCUCCAAAGUCCAGCCCUCCACUUUCUCCGAGGAUGACUUCAGCAAAGAAUGCCAAACCAGAACCUCAGAAACCACACCCAGAAAAAGUACCAGACCAGCCUCAGACAGCUCAGGCUCCUACAACAGAACAGGCCAAAGUGGGUAAAGAUCCAUCGGAGCCAGCAAAAUCAGAAGACUCCCAAGCUGCUCCAAAAAUGGGCCCGUCUUCUUGUCCACUCUGUAAGGGAGAACUUAAUAUGGGCUCCAAUGAUCUUCCCAACUACAAAACCUGCUCUGAAUGCAAAAGCACUGUCUGCAACAAAUGUGGAUUUAGUACAAUGCCAAAUGUUUCCAAGGUAAAGGAAUGGCUCUGUCUCAACUGCCAGAUGCAGAGAGCACUUGGAGCUUCUGAACCUCCAGGACUUCCAAUGAUAAAACCCCAACCUUCACCAAGCAAAGAGGUCCCUGCCACCACACAGAAGAAAGAGGCCCCAGUUUCAACUUCUCAGGGGGACGUCCAUCAACCAGCUGUACCCAAAAAUGAACUUGUUAAAGUUGCCACAACCAAAGAAUCUGAAGUCCCAGCCGCUGUUGUACCAACAAAGGAAGUUACCCCUGCAGCUGCUUCAUUGCCUGACAAGACUGUUCCUUCCACUACCACAAAGGCUGAUGUUUCACUGGCUUCUCAAACACCUUCAGGAGAGAUACCUAAAGGACAACCUAGUACACCGCAACAACAGGCUCCAAAAGCUGUCUUUUCAACUGCUAAGUCUGCUCCUCCACCAGUUCCAGAGGCAGGAAAAUCACCACCACAACAACAGCCUCCAAAAGCUGUCUCUUCAACUCCUCCACCAGGUCCAGAGGCAGGAAAACCACCACCUCAACAGCCUCCAAAAGCUGUCUCUUUAACUCCUCCACCAGGUCCAGAGGCAGGGAAGCCACCGCCACAACAGCCUCCAAAAGCUGUCUCUUCAACUCCUCCACCAGGUCCAGAGGCAGGAAAACCACCACCUCAACAGCCUCCAAAAGCUGUCUCUUCAACUCCUCCACCAGGUCCAGAGGCAGGAAAACCACCACCUCAACAGCCUCCAAAAGCUGUCUCUUCAACUCCUCCACCAGGUCCAGAGGCAGGGAAGCCACCGCCACAACAGCCUCCAAAAGUUGCAACUUCUACCACCAAGUCUUCUCCUCCACCAGCUCGAGAAGUGGGAAAGCCACCUACACAACAGCCUCCAAAAGCUGGUACCUCUCCAGCAAAAUCAGCACCACCACCAGUUCAGCCUGCUAAACAGGAGUCGGGAGGCUUCUUUGGAUUUGGUGGUCCUAAAACACAACCUGCUGCGGCAAAGCCUGCUGAGUCAGUGACUGGAAAGAUGUUUGGCUUUGGCUCAUCUUUCUUAAGUUCUGCAUCCACUUUGAUAACCUCAGCUGUCCAGGAUGAAUCUAAAACUACCCCACCAACCCCACGUAAGAUGUCAACAGCCAGUGUCUCUCCUAGAAGUACGCCACCAGCCUCUCCAAAAACAUUACCUGCAAAGGACACCAAGCCACCCACUGUCCAGAAAACAGAGGAGAAGAAACCAGAGAAACCACAGCAGGAAAAGACUCUCCAGGCAGUACAAGCCAAAGUGGACAAAGCUCCAUCAGAGCCCCCAAAGGCACCAACGGACAUCCAAGCUCCUGCAAAAGCAGUUCCUUCUAGCUGUCCACUCUGUAAGGCCGACCUCAACAUGGGCUCCAAAGAUCCUCCCAACUACAACACUUGCACAGAAUGCAAGACUACUGUCUGCAACCAAUGUGGAUUCAAUACAAUGCCAGUUGUGGCAGAGGUAAAAGAAUGGCUUUGUCUCAACUGCCAGAUGCACAGAGCCCUAGGAGCAUCUGAGCCCACUGCACUUCCUGUUGUGAAACCACAGCCCUCCCCAAGCAAAGUUGUUACACCUCCUGUCUCUGAAAAGAAGGAUAUACCAACAUUAGCCCAGAAGGAGAAAUCUACAGAGUCUACAGCAGUCAAGAAAGAGGUCACUCAAGCAACUACACAGAAAAAGGAACCCCCCAAACCUGAGGCGCCAAUGCCGACUGCAGUCCAAAAGAUGGAGACACCACGGCGAGGUUCUGUGCAAAAGACACAGGUCCUUUCAGGGACUGAAGGCCAAGAUUUGGCUGGUCGACAGCAGUCUGUUGGAAAUCCCCCACAAGUACAGCCUUCUCAAACUCAAAAGCCAGAAGUCAAGGAAGGUAUUGCAAAACAUGAAGUUGGAAAACCACCACAACAGCUCUCAAAAUCUGUGACCCCUCCUGCCAAAUCUGCACCACCACCAGCUCAGCCUGCUAAACAGGAGUCAGGAGGCUUCUUUGGAUUUGGUGGUGCUAAAACACAACCUGCUGCGGCGAAACCUGCUGCAGCAAAGCCUGCUGAGUCAGUGACUGGGAAGAUGUUUGGCUUUGGGUCAUCUUUCUUAAGUUCUGCAUCCACUUUGAUAACCUCAGCUGUCCAGGAUGAACCUAAAACUACACCACCGACUCCACGAAAGAUGUCAACAGCCAGUGUUUCUCCUAGAGCCACACCUCCUGUUUCUCCAAAGAUGCCCCUUGCGAAGGACACUAAACCACCUCCUGCUGAAAAAGCAGAGCCACCUCAACAGGCCAAGCCCACUCCAGUGGCUCAGGCUAAAGUAGAGAAAGCUCCACCAGAACCUCCAAAAUCCACAGAAGUGACAAAAGUUUCUCCUAAAGCAGCUCCGUCCACGUGUCCGCUCUGUAAGGUCGACCUCAACGUGGGCUCCAAGGAUCCUCCUAAUUAUAAUACCUGCACUGAAUGCAAGAACACUGUCUGCAACCUUUGUGGAUUUAACCCCAUGCCUCAUACAGGAGCGAAGGAAUGGCUGUGUCUGAAUUGCCAGACUCAGAGGGCUUUGUCUGGACAGCUUGGAGACUCAGGAAAAAUGUCACAGGCUUCCCCUGUAUCUGCCAAGCCAGAGACCCUGGCCACACCUGCAACCAAAAAGGCAGAGCCCAAAACUUCUCCUAUAAAGGCAGAGCCUACACCUGCGGCCACAGAAUCACAGCCCACAUCUGCCCCCAUCGAUGCAAUACCAACACCUCCAACCCCAAAAGCGAAGAUGGAAAUUACAUCGGUCAAAAUAGAAACAAUGGCAACAGCAGCUUCGGCUCAAAUCAAGAUCGAGCCUGCACGCAUACCCACAACAGCAAAGGUUUCCCCUGUUACAUCAGAAAAACAGCCUUUAGCCCUAUCAACCGCAGAAACCAUUACACCGGCUAUGGCUACUGUGAAACUGACAGCAGUAGAACCUAAGGUUGAAGUGCCAAACACAGAUGUUCCCAAGACUGUAACAGUGAAAAAUGGAGAAGAGGCAGUGAAAGUGGAGCUAACUGUAACAGAACCUCCCAAAGCUAAAGAGUCUAAACCUGACCUUUCAAAUGUCAAAGUUGAAGCAGGUGUUACAGCAGCUCCUUCUUUCCCAGUGACUGAACCUAUUGCUGCAGAGGCUGAUAUGGCUGGAGUUAUCCCGGGAACUGACACAAAGCCAGAAUUGUCUGCUCCAGAAAACAUUAUUAAAGAAGUACAGCCCGAUGAUCAUAUCAAACUGAUGGAGCAAGUUGAGGUGCAACCAAAGUCACAAGAACCACAGCUGGUUUUGGAAGAACCAGUCAUAGCAGCUGACAGCAAGGAAAUGGCUGAUAAGUUUGUUGAAAAGGUUACUGACAUCCCCUCAACUGCAGAGUCACAACAGGAGCAAGAUGAAAUCGAAAAAGAGCCUAUGAGAGAAAGAAAGGCCUCCCUUACUGCUGGGCAGGUUAAACUGGAAAACACAGUUGUCCCUGCAACAGCUACAAAGCCUGAAUCCAAAGCGGAGGAGCAUGAUGAGGAUCAACCCCAGAUUUUACCCAUAUCACAGGAAUUGAAGGAUGGACAGUUGGAUAGUGAUACCAGUAAAAAUGAUAUAAAUACAGAUCCCUCCAUUCCAGUAAAGGACGAGGUUAAAGCUGAGAGAAGGCGCUUAAGCUUCCAAGCAAUGGCUGAGAGCAGUGAAAGUGAGCUCACACCUUCACCCAAAGUCCAGAGACGAAGACUGGAAGUCACCCAUCUUUCAUCCAGCAGUGAGGACAUUAAAACUGAAAGUGCUGAUUCCUCUAUAGAUGAUGAAGAGUUCAUCCGAAAGCAGAUAAUGGGUAUGGGUGAUGAAGAAGAAAUGUCUCUUUCAGAAGAUGAGAAAGAAAAUAAUUUGGCAGGUGAAGAAGCUAUCAGAGAUGUUGAGCUUGAUAAUGCUCCAGUGACAGCCAAAUCAAUUUCUAGAAGAAGUAGCAAAGACAAUGAAGACAGCCCAGCCAGGAAAAAAGCCCUCGCUAAAACUGACACUGAAACGACUCAAGAUGUUUCUCAAACAAUGCCAAGCACUGUUCUAAAGAAAGCUAUUCCAGUCAUGAGACAGAGACAAAGCACUGAUGAAGAAGUAGAAAGCAUAACAGAAUCCCUCUCAAAGGGAUCAUCGAGUGUUCAGGUAUCUAGCUUUACCCCAGGAUCUUCACCCACUUCAGCUUCAUCUCUGGAAGAGGACAGUGAUAGCAGCCUCAGUCACCGAAAAGUCAGUGGGGACAAACAUCAUCGCAAAGGCAGGCACAAGCAGUCAACCCAGCCUCUUCCCACCAUUGAAGACUCCUCUGAAGAAGAGAAGAUGAGGAGCGAUGAGAAGUUUAGAAAAGAAAAAGAUGAACUUAGAGCCCAUGGCCAACAGUUGUCUCCAACUGAAGAUGCUUCCUCCACAGAGAAUUUGAGACAGGUCUCCGUAAUGGAUGACACCAGUAGAACAUCUGGCUCUGAGUAUUCUGCCAGUAUAGAGUCAGAAUCAGAGGCUAGGCGAGCCGUACAGAGAGGACGUAAGCCUUCACCAACAGUAAUACCAUACACCCCUUCUGAACCAUUUCCAGAGGAUAUUGUGGCAAAAUCACUUAAGAGUGCUGAAGAAGCAUAUGAGGAAAUUAUUCAGAAAACAAAAGCUAUUCCAGGAGAGAGUCCUCCCGAUAUUGAGCCACUCUAUGGUGGAAUGGCAAUAGAGGACUAUCUUUAUGAAUCCUUAGUUGAGGAGCCUGACAUUAAGAUGGGUGAAUCUCAAGAGGAAGAACUCAAACUGGAUACUAGCUCUGAAUCCCUCAAAAAACUUAGGUCUCCAGAAGAGGUUUAUGAGGAGAUGAUGCAGAAAAAGAGAGAACUGAUGAUGAUAGAGCAAGAAUUUCAACAGGCCCAGACUGCCAUGGAGUUUUCCUCAUUAGGAGCUCCGGUCACUGAGCCCCCCUCGAUUACUGAGACCUGUGUGGUAACUAUGCCCAUGGAAGAGACAUCCCUCACUGAAGAAAUUGAUAUGACUUCUGCAGACACUGAAACUUCUAAUGAAUUGCCAGUAAAGAAAAAGAAAAGGCCAGCUCCACCACGUCCCACUGAACCCCCUAAGCGCUCUGAGAUGACUGUUGUUCCCAGCACUCUUAGUGGAUCAAUAGGUUUUAUUAGGCCUAUGGUUCCUCAAGAUCCUGCACUAAGAAAGGCAUUAUUUCCCAUACCAGAUCUCAAGAUUACCCAGUGUUCAUCUGGAGAGGAAGAGGAUGACAGUCUUGCAGACGAGUAUGGUGUUGGUAUUUCCUCUGACAUUACCCCCAGUGAUGACUCUGAGACUAAAGAAGAUCCAUCCAUAAGCCCAACUUUGUCUGACACUGCUGAGAUGGAUCCUAUCUGUGUGGUCUGUGAAUUUCCAGAGCCAAAACCUAUUCCAACUCCAAUAUCAGCCCCAGAACUAACCACUACUCCCUCACCUGUAUCACCAAUGUCAUCUCCAACUUCACCUGCCACCCCAGAUUCCAGUUUGGCUUCUAAUGCUACAUCUUCAUCCUCAUUCCAGGCUCAAACGCCUUUUUCUCCAGAUUCAACUCCGCUGUCCACACCAACACCUCCAACUUCAUUUGUAACCCAUUCACCUCCAGAGAUCUCGUCACCAUCGCCUGACAGAAUUGCAGCACUAUCAACGAGUGGCGUCUCUCAAACCACUCCAACCACAGUUAUAGUUACAAUACCAGAUGUGGUGUCUGAUCCAUUCAAAGCUCAAACAACUUCAGUAAUUCAAAUUAAGGCAGCUGAAGUCCCAACUCCAGUCAAAGUGUCUACCCCUGCACCUGUUGUGGUUCAAAUGCCGGACUUGGUUUCAUCUCCAUCUCAGGUGCCUAUGGAGGCUCCAGCUGUUAUACAAGUCUCAGCACAGAGUCAAGCACCUGUUCUUGUCUCAGCUCCACCUACAACCUUAGCUACAGCUACAUCUGUUGCAGUCUCUACUCCAAUUUCAUCUCAUGCUGUUGCUGCUUCUGUCACUCGGGCCCCAUGCCCUGGGCCAGUCAUAGUUCAGAUGCCUGACCUGGUUUCAACCACAUCUCCAAUCUCUGCACAAACCCCACUACCAGUUUCAGCACUUGUAACUACUCCAGUUCAAGCCCAAGCCAAAGUAGUAGAUGCGGCAGCCCAUGUGAAUGCAUCAGCUCCAGCAUCAACUACUAUAAUCAAAAAGAAGGUCCCACCCCCUCCUCCCCCUCGGUCUACUUCAGUGUCAUUACCUGAGCCUAACACAGAGCUGCCAGUAAGGACUGUGCAGCAUGUCACCCCGACUACAACCUCCACCAUAGCUAGGGGAACUACAGUGACUGGUCAGCCAAUGCAGUCUGUAGUUGUGGACAUACAGCCAAGAAUGGAGGCCAUGCAACCAGAUAGUGGGGCUGUACCUCAAAUAGUAACCCCAACCAGACAAGGGCAUGUAGUCAUCAUAGUGCCAAGUGUGGAAAACAUAUCUCUGCUUGGACAAACCUCACAAGAUAUAGCUAGCACAGGGUCAAUAGUUGGCACUGCUUCUCUGCCACAAAGUAGUCAAACAGUUUCAGAUACAUCCAGUACAGAAACAGCUUUACCACCCACUAAGGUGUCAGCAGUGCCAGUAGCUUCAGCUCCACCCCUUCCACCUAAACCUAUGGCAGGAACAAAAGUCGUGGACACAGUAGAAAUACCUGUUGCAGAUACACCUCCACCACCUCCAACCACUUUACCCAAACCAACUGUUUAUCCAAAGCAGCCAGUGGCGAUGACUACAGCAAUAGAAGCGCAUGCUUCUGAUACAACAAUUGGCCCUAGUCAAAAGCCUCCUCCUCCCAUACCACCUAAACCUAUAUCAAUUCCAGCUGGACUGGUUUUCAGCCACAAGCCAGGAGAGAGUAUCAAGCCACCCCCUCCUCAUGUGGCCCCCAAAGCUGCAACACUACCCAGGACCAAACAACCUCCAAAUGCUUUGUCACUUAGUCUAACACGACCUGUGGAAUCUAAGUUAGGUACAACAUCUCCUAAGUCACCUUUGUCUCCUAGACACGCAAAAUGUUUGCAAACCUAUGUGGUGAUAACCCUUCCAUCUGAGUCUGGCUCACCAACAGAAAGCAUAACAGUUCAGGCACCUGUAAGACGGGGCUCCAUUCCAUCUACAAAAGUGUCAGGGGUAUGGACCCCACCUUCAGAGCAGAAAACACCAACUGAGGCAUUCUCAGCACCGGCUACCAUCAGGAGAGCCUCUGUCCCCACUGUGAGGCAUCCACCUCCAAUAUCCAUAGCUCCAACUGUGGCAAUAGAGCAAGUGAAACCCUCUGAAGAAGUGGCCAAUAAAGUGCAAGCCAGGAGAGACAAUGUGCCUUCUGUAGUGCUACCACCACCAACAACACCACCACCUGCUGUUGAUGUUGUGGUGGUGUCAUCAGGUCAGGACACAUCUGUUCAGGCCCGUACUGUACCUCUUCCAAUUAAGAAACCAUAUGUGCAACAACAACCAAUUACUCAGCCAUUGCCACCACCUGAAAUGAUGUAUGAAGUCAUCACAAUGCCCCCAGAGCCAAAGGUUCUUAUUCAACCACUAGCAGUCCAAGCCACAGCAAGAGCCCAGCCUAUACCACCUGCUCAAGACCCACAUAUAGCCAUGGAGGUCAUACCAGUUCCACCAGAGGUUUCAGCUGAAGCUGUAGUUCAUCACCCCCCAAUACCAAUGGUAUCUGUGCAGCCACAGCCUCUGACAGAAGUUGUUACUGUACCAAUGCAGCCUGGGGUAUCUUUAGUUGCACUAGUACCCCAAGAUAAACCAGCUGCAGUCCCCUCAACUGUUCUUCAUCCACAAGUUGAAACUCAAAUAGAAAUGUUACACGAAGAACAGGAUAUGCCUACUCAUGUCAUUGUUACUGAAACAGGUAUGGUAAGAUCACCAAUACCAGGGAUGAGUCAGCAAAUCCCUGCUCAACAGAAACUUACAUCAGUUGAAGCAGUCACUUACUCUACAGAACAAGAGUUCCAAGAAUUGCCUGCAGUUUUUAACGACACCCCCAUGAUUGCUGAACUCCCAUCAGUACCACAAACUGUACAGCCUUUAGAAGUUCAAGGGCAACUUUCUUCACAGCACCCACUUCUUGUGUCUGAAGUGUUGACCCACCCCACAAAGUUUGAAUUACCUGCAGAGGCUACUGCAACAGACACUGCUAUUAGAAUACCAGAAGUAGCAACAAUAUCUCCUGUCCCUCACCCUCUACCUGAAGUUACCCCAACACCAGAAGUAGCUAAGGUAAUGCCACUACCUGCAGUUGCAAAGAUGAUAACUCCGACAAGUGCUGAAGUAACACCAGCACCCCUUGUGAUGGAAGUCCAGCCAAUGCCAGUACAGCCAGAAGUACCCUAUGUUACUUGUAUUCCACAAAUCUAUGGAGGAAUUGCAUCAUCGGGCAUGUCAUAUUCAACACCACCCCUGGAGGUUAUAGCAUUACAGCCCGAACAUGACAAACCCACAGAGAUAAUAACAAAGGAUGUGGAUGUAAAAGCUUCAAUUCCAUCAUCAGUGUUGCAGACGCAGGUGGUGGCUGGGAUGCCAAUUGGAGAAAUCACCAAUAGGAGGAGGACAUCUAUAUCAUCCACAAUACAACCAACAUAUACCACAAGUGAGAUAUUUACCUAUCCUGCAGACCAUGAAACACCAACACAGGUGGUUACAACAGAGGCCUUUGCUGCCACCAGGAGACAAUCCAUAACCAUGCAACAAUCGUUGCCAUUGGCACAUGUAGUAAACAUGCCAGCUGAAAAAGAUGUUGGUUAUGCUGUUCAGAUCCCCUACAGGAGAGAUUCUAUUCAUUCAAUAGAACAAAAACCACAGGUAUUAACUUAUUCAUCGGAAUAUGAUCACCCUCUGGAGAUAAUAACCACUGAGGCGUAUACCAGGAGAACCUCAAUACCCACUGCACAGGACAUUCCACAGGGUGUAUCUGUGGCUCCAGUCACCAUCACUAAAAUUCAGCAAGAGUCUAUUGAGAGCCAAGAGAUUCGAGGAGCAGAAAAGGUGGUUUCCAGUAUGAGUCACAUGUAUUCUUCUUCAAUUUCCACCUCAGGCCAGCCUCCUGAAAUCCUGCCUAGCUUGGUAACUCAGGUAUUCACCACUGAGGUCCAGAGAACCACUGUUUCUGUUGUUCAUGAAAGACUUCCACAAGUCCCUCAACCCAGUGUAGCAAUCACUAUACAACCAGACAUAGCAAAAGUCCAACCGCUGCCAAAACAGAAUGGGAGGAUAAUCUACUCUGGUGAUGUUAUUGAUUUACGUACCAUGAAGGAUGGCAUCAAGAUGACUGAACAAGGCAUGGACCUGACACCACCUGAGUCAUGUCGACAGUCUUUUUCAAGUGACUCUAGUGGGCGUCAAAUCACAGCAGUGCAGCCUGAGAUAGUAAAUCUUAGUGCAGAGCUCACUCCUUCACCAACACUGUCUGUGGUCACUGACAGCAUCACAAUAGUCACAUGCACAGCCACCAUUGCCUCAUAUAACAACACUCCAGCAGAGAAACCACUUGAUUUACAGGGCCCUGUUACAUCAUUGCCUCUGCCUCUCACCACAUACAAACCAUGUGAACCGCUAGCUCAGAUUGUAUACAGACCUGUGAAUUCCCGGCCUGCAGUCAGUGCUGUAGCACCUACAGCUCAAGAAAUACCAAUUAAUCUCUCCUUUGGAGCUCUGGUUUCCUCACCAGGCAAACAACCAAUGGUUUACCCUGAAGCUAUCAGCAAUGGAGGUCCUGUCCUUUCUCUAGAGGCCACAGGGGCGAUGGAUCUGUCAAACUACAGACCAGUGAGAGCUAUGGUAGCUUUGUCUGAUACGAGCCCAGGAGUAGUGACCACUGUUGUAGAGGAUGAUGGAACUCCAGUCGACCUUACAGCUGGGAGGAGGAGUGUAUGCUGUGAUGUCAUAUACAAGCUACCAUUUACAGGAAGCUGUAGAACACAGCCCCCGGUUACAGCCCAGCCCGACAAUCGUUUUGGCUAUAGAGAUGACCACUACCAAUAUGAUAAUGCUGGACUGUAUGGUAUCAAAGGCAUGAAUGGCAUAAAAGCCUCAAUGUCUGAGACCAACUUGACAGAGGCAGGACUUUUCUCCUAUGAUCCCAAGAAUGAAUAUGACUAUCUCAGUGGGUCUUCAGAUGGCGCUAUAGACCUCACUGCUGCCAACCUUUCUGCUGGUAAAGCUCUAGACUACACUAGCAAGGCUCCUGGAGGCUAUCCUGGGAUGACUACUGCUCCAUUCACCCAAGUCCCUGCAGCUGGGUUUGGUGUAAAUGGUGUUCUAAGAACCUCAGAUGGAAUAGUUUACUCCUCUGUUGCUGCCCCAGUUCCAUCCACAUAUGCAAUUACAACUCAGCCAGGCUCCAUCUUUAGCACUACCUUAACACCUACAUCAACAGUCCAGAACCAGUCAUUGCCACAUCCAUAUGGCUUCAUUCCCAGCACAGACCCUGGACAGAUAAUUCCCUAUGACACAGGACUACCUAAGGAGCUUCUACCAACAGCUUUGGUUGACAUCAUAACGGGCUACCCGGACAUGUACUCAGACACCACCCUGGAAGCAAUUGCUGCCUCUCUGGAUGCCUUGGCCUCAUCUCCAAUAUUCCCCGGCUUAGACAACACCAAGAUGGCCCAAUAUCAGAUGGAAAGGGAGUUUCUAGAGCUUGAGAAGCUUAAGCAGCUUUGUCUUGCCGAGGAGUUGGAGUGGGAGAGACAAGAGAUUCAGCGUUAUCGUGAACAGGAGCAGCUUAUGGUCCAGAGGGAGCUUGAGGAGCUUCAGGCUUUGAAACAGCAGCUUCUCAUGCAGCAAGAGGAAGAGCACCAUGCUCACAUGGUAGCCCAGCAAGAGACAUAUGCCCAGCAGAAAGAGCAGUUGCAGCAAAUACAGCAACUACAAUUACAACUCCAGCGCCAGCUUGAUGAGCACUAUGGCAGCACUGGCUCCACGGGUAACCUCCUAGAGGCUAAAUAUGCAGGGGUGGGAGACAGUGGCCAGUACUGGCCUGUCAAAGAUGAGUCUACAACACAAUCUACUGUGACACAGUUAGAGGAAAGGCAGGACCAGUUUACUCUAGUGAAGAGGAUGCAAGCUGAUCAGGAUGCAGGGAAAAAAAUAAUUGAUAGUGGGGUGCAGACAGAUGAUGAAGACUCAGCAGAGAAGCAGCAUGUAGGAAGGAGAAAGAAGAGUAAGAGAAAUGUUGAUAGCUCAGCUCAGACUGAUGAUGAGGACCAAGAUGAAUGGGAUGCUCCCACAAAAGCUCGAAGACGCUCUCGAAAACAUAGCAGUGAUGGAAAACAUGGCUCCAAGGUUUCUAGCAUUGCUAUCCAAACAGUGGCGGAGAUAUCUGUCCAGACUGACCACUCUGGGACUAUCAAACGACCAAAUGUCCAGAUGGACAGUAGAGUGGAAAUCAUCAAGCAUAUCUCAGCUCCAGAGAACUCUCAGAGAGGUGGCAGUCUGAGCUGUCAGACAGACUCAGACAGAAGGCACACACCCAUGGAGGUGGGCUAUACCACACAUCUAACAGCAGAUGUCCCCUUAAAGUCUAAAGUCUUCUACACUUCAGUCUCCCCCAUGUCCCCUGAAAAGUCACUUGGGGGGCAGAGAAUGCUGACUGCUGACCCAAACAGAUUUUCUUCCGGCCCUCGGAUAUUAAAGGCUGGUCAGAAGUCUCUGUCUGAUCCUAAAUCCCUUAGUCUCGCCACAGAUGACAGGAUGGGUGGAUACUAUGCAGACAGCUAUUCUAGUCGAAGCUCUCCCUCUGGUACAGGUAAGAAGGUAAAGCGGACACUGCCAGAUCCCCCUCCUGAGGAUGACUCUCUGUCAGGACGGUCAGGUUACAGCACCAACUCUGCUCGUCGCCGCCUUGCUCGCAGUACAACAAUGGCCCGGGCGAAGAUCCUGCAGGAUAUCGACAAGGAGCUUGAUCUGGUGGAGAGAGAAUCUUCUAAACUUCGCAAGAAACAAGCUGAGCUAGAUGAGGAGGAAAAGGAGAUUGAUGCCAAGCUACGGUACCUGGAGAUGGGUAUCAACCGACGUAAGGAGGCCUUGCUGAAGGAGAGAGAGAAGCGAGAAAGGGCCUAUCUUCAGGGGGUGGCGGAGGAAAGAGACUACAUGUCAGACAGUGAGGUUAGCAACAUCAGAGAGGCCAGGGGUGAUGGCCUAGAGAGACCAAGGACAGCUCCCCAGUCUGAGUUUGACCAAUUCAUCCCCCCCCAGACAGAAGCUGAUUCCCAGUACAACACACUAACAAGUCCCUACUCUCACUAUGCCCAGUAUGUUCCCCAGACCCAAACCACCAGCCACUACACCCAACAGAACUUAUAUCAGCAGCAGUCCCUUUACCACCAACAGGUGUCUCCUUACCCAACCCUAUCCCUCUCCCAUGCCCAGGCUCAGUCUAGCAGCUACCAACAUGCUCUACUCCUGCAGCAGGGAAAACAGCGACAGACCACCCUGUCUGAUUUAGAGCCUAAGAUCACCACCAACUAUGAAGUGAUACACAACCAGCCUCUGCUCAUUGUGCCAACCUCCACAGAAAGUGGUUAUGGGGUUGCUCACCUUGGGGGCAAGUAUGGCAACUUGGAUUUGAGACUAGGGUUAGGGGAGAGGAGCAUGGCCUCUAGUCCCAUGUCUAGCAUUUCUGCUGAUUCCUUCUAUGCUGAUAUUGACCACCACAAUUCCAGGAACUACGUGCUGAUAGAAGACAUAGGGGAGCUCACCAAGGCCUCAACUGGGUUGAGCAACACUGGCUUGGGUUCUGGAUUCAACAUGCCUGAUAAAGAGUUGUCCAAGGCAGACAGACUACUCAGGGCAGCAGAAGUCAGGCGCACAGCAGAGGUGGCAGAUUUUUUAGGCUCAUCUCGACUUCAGGGUUAUGGUAAAGGAGAAGAUGACACUAUGGAGGAGCCAUAUGAGCUGAAACUACUGAAGCAGCAGAUCAAGCAGGAGUUCAGGCGAGGAACCGAGGGACUAGAACACUUAACAGGACUUGGACUUCCCCAAUAUCUACCUAGUGAUGGAAGUUUUCGCCACUUCCCUAAAGGAGAGAAAUAUAGUAUUGGCAGGCUUACCCUUGAAAAACAGGCUGCAAAGCAACUCCCAGCAGCUGUGCUUUACCAGAAACAGAUGAAGAACAAAAAGGCUCUAAUAGACCCAAAGGCCAUCACAAAGUUUUCUCCAAUACAGGAAAGUAGGGACCUGGAGCCUGACUAUGGCAGCUAUAUGGGAUCUGGAGCAUCCUCUGUGACCAAUCUGGCUGCUACAGCUAGGUUGCUUCAGGAUGAGAUUACAUUUGGGUUAAGAAAGAACUUGUCUGAGCAGCAAAAAUAUUUAGGUUCCUCCCUGGGGGCCAACUUAGCUGGUUCUCUUGGGCAGUCCCUUGGACUUGGAUCCAAUAUCAGGGCCACUGCCCAGGAUGAUGGCACCUACCCAAGUGGCACCCGUUCCCGACCUUCAUCACGCCCCUCCUCCCGUCCUUCUUCUGUCUAUGGCUUGGAUCUAUCUAUCAAACGGGACCUAUCUAGCUCCUCACUCAGACUUAAAACAGAAGGAGAGGUUCUGGAUGCAGCAUUUGCUCCUGGGGUGGCUAGAGCAAAGCCCACUAGUCUACCCAUUAGCCAAAGUAGGGGCCGUAUCCCCAUUGUGGCUCAGAACUCUGAGGAGGAGAGCCCUCUGAGCCCAGUGGGACAGCCUAUGGGUAUGGCUAGAGCCUCAGCUGGACCUCUCCCCCCCAUCUCAGCUGACUCCAGGGACCAAUUUGGGUCCAGCCAUUCCCUGCCAGAGGCACAGCAACAUAUGAGGGAGGAAUCUCGGACACGAGGCUAUGAUCGAGACAUUGCAUUCAUCAUGGACGACUUGCAAGGCGCCAUGUCUGACAGCGAAGCCUACCACCUGAGGAGAGAGGACACAGAUUGGUUUGAUAAGCCAAGAGAAGGGCAUCCGCAGAGCGGAAACAUGUCAGACAGGAGACAGAUGAAACUAGUCCCAUAUGCCUUCCCUCAUUCUCGCAUCAAGCUGAAGAGGGACUUGAAGGACACCAGUGUGUCAGGGAACGGACUUGGGAUCCGCGUGGUAGGUGGGAAGGAGAUUCCGGGGAGCAGAGGAGAGAUUGGAGCUUACAUUGCCAAGGUUAUCCCUGGUGGUGUGGCAGAACAAACAGGGAAAGUUAUAGAAGGAAUGCAGGUGUUGGAGUGGAACGGAGUCCCUCUGACUGGGAAGACUUAUGAAGAAGUGCAGUGCAUCAUGGCCCAGCCAUGUGCAGAGGCGGAGCUCUGUGUGAGACUCGACCUUAAUAUGCUGUCUGACCCUGAGCACCCACAAGCCCUGGAGCACCAUGUCCAGCUUAAGGCUGUAGGUGGGCAGCGCUCCCCUGGUGUGGAUCCUAACCAGUUGGCUGCAGAAUUGCAGAAGGUGUCCCAGCAGCUGGCUCCUGGUAUGGCUGGAACAGGGCUCGGGCCAGGGGGUCUGGGGGUCCUCUCUGCAUUGGAGCGCUCUGCCCUCCUCCACUCUGGUACUGGAUCGGCUGCCUCCAGUGGUGUGCCAAGCCCCGGCCAGCCUGCAUCCCCUGCCAUAAGCAAGAAACAACGACACAAGGCAACAGAGUUAAUGAGGAUGCCUCAUCCCAUCACUGGAGAAAUUCAGCUCCAGAUCAACUACGACAGGAACCUGGGAAAUCUGAUCGUCCAUGUCCUGCAGGCCAGAAACCUGGCCCCUAGGGACAACGACGGCUACUCUGACCCUUUUGUCAAGGUCUACCUCUUACCUGGGAGAGGCCAAGUCAUGGUUGUCCAGAAUGCAAGUGCUGAUAACAAGAGAAGGACCAAGUAUGCCCAGAAGACCAUGAACCCAGAAUGGAACCAGACUGUCAUCUACAAGAACAUUCAUUUGGAGCAGUUAAAGAAAAAGACGCUGGAGGUGACAGUGUGGGACUAUGACAGAUCCUCCUCCAAUGACUUCCUUGGAGAAGUGUUGAUUGACUUGUCGAACACCACACAGCUGGACAACACUCCUCGCUGGCUGCCACUGAAGGAGCAGAGUGAGAGCAUUGAGCACAGCAAAGCCCACCAUGCUGCUCAAGGCCCACCGGGGUCUGGGUCAGGUCAUGGUUAUGGUCAGGGACACAGCCUAGGCCAUAUGUCAGGUCCUGGGAUGGGGCCUGGGCAAGGUAUGGGACACGGUCUGGGACCGGACGGGAGUGAUGGUUCACCCAAAAACUCUGUAAUCAAAAGCCGAAGCCAUGGAAUCUUCCCUGACCCAGGCAAAGACAUGCAGAUGUUGCCUUUGGAAAAGUCACACAGCAGCCCAGGCAGCUCCAAGUCUUCCUCUGAUGGCCAACUUCGCUCCCAUGGCCCCUCCCGAAGCCAAAGCAAGAGCAGCGUCACUCAGGCCCACCUUGAGGAUGCUGGGAUAGCCAUUGCUGCCGCAGAGGCUGCCGUGCAACAGUCCCGCCUGCAACCAAGACCAGGACACCGACUCGGUGAUGUCUCAGGGUCAGUUGUGCUGUCUGCCCCGAGUCUCGUGGGAGACGCCUAUGGAGGUCUGGAUGGGGACGAGGGGGAGGACACUGGGGUGGACAGUGCCAUUUUUCAAGUGCCACGCAUUGGUAAGACUAUUCCUAACGGCACCGACAAAAACCAGCUAGGAACCCCAGAAAAUGAAGCUGGUAAAACACAAGUAAUGGGGGAGAUCAAGGUGGCUCUCAAGAAGGAGGUAAAGACAGAAGGAGACCAGCUGGUCUUGGAGAUCCUCCAAUGCAGAAACAUCACUUACAAGUUCAAAAGCCCUGACCACCUCCCAGAUCUGUAUGUGAAGUUGUACGUGGUGAAUGUAGCGACUCAGAAGAGGAUCAUCAAAAAGAAGACCAGGGUUUGCCGACAUGACAGAGAGCCCUCUUUCAACGAGACCUUCAGAUUCCCCCUCAACUCAACUGGACACUCCAUACAGCUUUUCUUGGUGUCCAAUGGAGGCAAAUUCAUGAAGAAGACCCUGAUAGGGGAAGCCUACAUCUGGCUGGACAAGGUGGACAUGAGGAAGAGAGUGGUCAGCUGGCACAAGCUGUUCGUCUCCACUCAGACCAACCCCUGAGGCCACACCCAAAAGAUGGAGAUGCGAUAGACUGAUGAGAGGUGAAGCCAGAAUGUACCAGUUCAAAGAUCUGAUUUGACAAAAAGAUAAAUAAUAGGGGAAAAAACUAGGAGGAGGAACUAAAAAGAUCAAUUUAAUUCACUCAGUUCAUACAUUUUAAGAAGGAGGGAAUUAUGUGCUAAUACCAUAAUAACUUUAUCAGUCCAACACUGCCAGCACACAUGUCCACCUCUUCCCAUAUCGAGUCUGUGCUGGCUGUGGACUUUGCUUGAAUGAUGCAAAUACCACAGCAGGCACUGAGACACAAUCAGCAGCAAAAUGGCUUUGAGAGCAGCAUUGCCUUUCUCACCAUACUCCUAAUUCCAUGAUCCACAUGAGACUUUGUUGUUUUGGUGCUGUGCAACUGAGCUAACAUAUCUAUCAGAGGGAAAGAUGGAGAAAAAAAAAAGACUUUGAUCAUCAACUGAAUUAGCAUUGUGAGUCAUUGUUAAAAUGCCCAAAUGAUGGUUGUGAUGUGUGUGGACAUCAGUGGUCUUGAAAUGUUUAAUGAUGAAGGAAUGCUUAAUGUUUUUGUACGAUAGUCUUUCAGUUUUGUGUAAAAAAGAGGAAAAAAAGAGUCAGACAGUCGACUUUUGCUAUGGGGUGAAGAUAAAAUGUACAGCACUACAGAUUGUAGAUAUCACACAUGUGGAAUACAGAGCAUAUCAGAGAACCACAUUGUACAGUGUGAUGUUUAUAUAAUAUACAAAGAUAUCAGAUGCAGAAUAUAUCUAAAUACUAUAUACAGUAUAAGAGUUGUUCUCUUAGAUUAUAUAUAAUAAAAUAUAGACAUAUGAUCUCUGUUUGAGGCUGUGGGUAACGCACUGACAAUCCAGUAGGCUACUUUAGUCUAUGGUGUAGACAGUCUUAAUAGCUGUUAUGUGAAUGUGGACCUUUGUGAGCUCAAGGAUGUUCAUGAAAAAUAGCUCCUUAAGUCCUCUGAUCACACUGAUGCACCAUUAGACAUUCAACAGGGCUUCAACUGAUAAAAAAUUAAAGGUCAAGGUUAACAUCCAGUGACAUUUUGCUAUUUCACUGGCAUGCUAUUGUGUAAGGCAGAUUAGAAUUACAAUAAAACGAAAAGCAUUUUGUGUUUCAAAGUCCAAAACACAUGCUGUGUUGAACGUUACAAGCCAACUGUAGAGGACGACACACAUACCUGUGUCGUGUGUACAACAAUUUACUUUCAGGCUGUUGUUGAGUAUUCUUUCUGUGUAGCCCAUCAUGUAAUUACAUUGUUGGAAUGGACAUGUAAUUCACACAAGUUGUGUCAAAACCAUACGUGGAUCUACAGCUUUCAUCACCUCAGUGUGACAGCUCUGCUGUCUGUGUAUUAGUAAAGCCCCUUGGUCUGAGUUUUACCUAAAAAUAAUUUCAAAACUAAGAAAAAAAAUUGUUCUUACCAGUCAAAUGUCAUGGUUCCUCUGUGUGUCUGGUUGUGCUGUAAAACUCACUAUGAUGUUUUGUGUCAGUGAACCAGCCUCUUUCACUGCCUGUGACCAAAACACUCACUCAGGCCCACUGGGGUUCAGUCAUAUUCAGUCGCAUGGGGCCAAGUCUCAGAACUAAUGUGGAGCAGGUGACCCAUGUAUUCAUCGUAAUGUUUUGCCACCAUAUCUACAGAAUGGAGAAAAAAAAGCACUAUCAAGUAACCCUCAGAACUACUGUCGGUGUAUUUAGGCAUAUCACAGGGCUGAUGCAAUUUUUUAAAUAAUUAAAUCUAACAGAGGAAACAACAAACACAUCGAGAACAAGAUGUCACUUAAAUCUCAUAGCAAAGGAUGACAAAAAAGAAAUAUGAUAAGGAAGGGAGCGUUGAGGAUUUUUCAGAUAAUUGUUUUGCUGUGCCAACCUUGAUUUUUUUUUUUAUUCCAGACCCAUUGGUUCUUAAUUCUAUGCAACAUAGAUGUGUUUGAAUGCAUUUUCUUUUUAAAUAAAUGUUAUAUCUGUGAAGAUAUGGUCUAAAAAAUAUAUGUCUUAUAGAAAAUUAACUUGUACAUCAUUGAAAGAAAAUAUUAAAUGUAUUUUUUUUUUACUGAUUUUAAUAUAAAUUGAUGUUAACAGCUGUUAACAUCUACUUGGAGCUUGUGCACUUUAUUAUUAAAUUGUUUAUUUUCUUGUCUAAUUUUAACCGUAACGACAUGCAAGAUUAUGUGUUUUGUGUUUCUGCACUGGGAUGAACUGAAUCAUGGCGUAUGUGGUGGCAGAAGAUAUUGUGGUGUGCAUUUUGUAUCUAUGUGGCAAAAAGAAAAACAUGCAGACACGCUGGGGUUCCUUAACACAAUGCACAAUGUGGGGAGAGAUCCCCCUUACUACAUCAUGCUCAUAGUCUACUCACCAGUCUGUGUACAAAGUACAGUAAAUAAGACUUAUUCCCUAAAUGCUAAGUCAUGACUGUUUAACCCCUCGUGUUUCAUUAGACUUCCCUCGAGCUAAUUACUGUUUGUUCAGAUCAGCUGUUGCCUGUAAUUGUGAAACCAUCCAUUUGUUGUUGUUCUGAGGGGUGUGAAUGUGACUCAAGUCCUUUGACAUGUGUACAUAAAGUGUUUAUUUUCUACAAAGAUUGAAUGUUUAUAUUGUCCGAAGUUUGAGCAUGUGAGUGUCGAAAAAAUAAAUCACAAAAGACUUAUAAUUGUACAGCAAUGCGUGUCUAUAGUUAUAUAAGGGGAGUUGACUGUAAUCAAAACAUGUGCUGUCAACCAACGACUAUCUGUGCAACCACGUCCCGUAAACGGAAACAUCACAAAGGGAAAAAAAAUCUAUUCAACUUCAAUAGUUGUCUGAGACUUUAUGUUCUGGAUGUUGCAUGUUUUGUUGAUGGUUUGUCUGUAUAUUUUGCCUACAGAUUAUGUUUAAAAAGAGACAGAAUAUGUAUAGAUUUAUCUGUAUGCUGACUGUAAAGAAAUAUGCUUGUAAAAUUGUCUUGUUUUUCACUCAGUGUAAAAACAAAGAAUCUAAUGUUAUGGUUUUGUGGUUGUACACAGGAUGUGUUGAGAUAUUAUGCAAAUUGUGCUGUAAAAAAUCAGCUGUUUCCCCUGAGUCUAAAGAAUAAAUAUUAAGAAGAGCUAUAUUACA